UUGUAUCCCUUAUUCAUGUAUAAACUUCCCGUUCUGUUAACGAAUUAAGCUCCCAAUAUAUAUUAUGAUACCUAUUUAUAAAUCUGAAUGACUGACUGGAAGGCAACUGUUUACUAAAUAACCAAUACUAUGGAGGGACAUAUUAAUGAAUCACUCGGUUAUUCCAUGAUAAAUUUCACGGACGGGAACACGUCUAACUUUACAGUUCAAACGAAUAAAUUGAAUGAUUUAAACAUGGCUCAGUUUCGCAUUAAACUUCCGGCUUUUUUGUAUACAAUCGCACUCAUGGUCGUCGGGACCCCUGGGAAUAUGUUAGUGUUGUAUGUUUACUUCUUUAAAUGGCGGAAAAGUACAUCAAGAAUGUUCAUUCUUUUUUUAACGUCGUUGGAUUUAAUCAAUUGUGUAACAACGUUACCUAUGGAAAUAUAUAUAAUGCGUUUUUCGAUUGUCAUCGAUAUACCGUGGCUUUGUAAAAUAUCACGAUUUUCUACCUACACAAUGAACAGUUCAUCUGCCGCAAUUUUGGUCGCCAUAGCCGUUGACAGAUUCCGAAGAAUUUGUCGUCCCCAUGGACCACAAUUUAAUGCGACAAAUUCAAAAUAUAUUUGUAUCGGCUGUAUUCUAGUAGCUUUGGGAUUAUAUUCUUGGCCGUCACUGCUGUUUUACGGCACGCGGACAAUACAAAUAAACGGCAUCUCCGGGAAGUCGUGUCUUCUUGAAAAUCAGUAUGAUAACUCACUAUAUCCAAACUUAUAUUUCGCAUUCCAUAUUAUAAGUACGGUGAUAGUGUUUUCUGUACUUUCGAUCCUAUAUUAUUUUGUUGGACUUCAAGUUUGUAGACAUAGAAAAAUGAGAUUGCGACGCAAAGCUGGGAAUGAACGUGUGAGAAGUUUGAUUCAACAAGAGCAAGGUUCAAUAGCCAAGGAAGAAACAUUAUUGCAAGACUCAGAUUCUGCGGAACUAGCAAAAAAUCAAAACCAUGUUAAGGCAAAUUCAACAGAUCCAUCUCAAACUAACUGCAUUGAACUGUUAACAGUACCAGUGGAUCCAAAAGCAGAAAUAUCAACAUCGACUUUUGAAAGUUCAAUCAAUACAAGUGUUAAUACAACAUUCUUGGCUACGGAACCAACGCGAACAACAGAUGCAUCUGAUAAGAGACGUAAGCGGAGCAACCAAAAGGCGUUUAGCAAACGCAAUGGUUGCCUAAGAGACUCUUUAAAUAUGUCCAAUGGCUCGUAUUGCAUCAAUAUUAAGAUAAGAAUAGGGCGCUCAACUCUUAUGUUGUUUCUGAUAACACUAGCAUAUAUUGUCAGCUUUCUGCCAUUCUGUGUAAUCGCUGUGCUGCGACAGACUGAAAGUAGUUUUAUUGUAGAGCUAAAUGAAUUCGGGUUUGCUAUGUAUCAACUUUGUCUUAGAUCGUACCUGCUAUCUUGCGCAAUUAAUCCGAUUAUUUAUUCGUUCUGUAAUGCUCAAUUCAGAGCAUUUUGUUUUGACACGUUUAGACGUAAGCAAGUAUAAAGCGUUCGCUAAAUGUUGCGAUUUUUAUUUUUCUGUCUUUGUGUUGCGAAAGUGAUGGUAGUAUUUUUAAUAUCGCAUACACAGUGUAAACAUAGUAUUUUCAAAUAUCUAAACACCUGGCAUUGUGUGUGUUACUUGUAU